ACUAAUAUUUACAUCAACUGCAGGUCUCUCUCUUCCUCCCCCUGAGUCCUCUUACAUACAAAAAAUCAAAAUUCAUAUAGAAAGAUGGAGCGGUCCAUGCGUUUAUUUUCAACUGCCUUCCUCUUCCUUCUUUUGGUGGCUACCGGGAUGAUGGGACCAAUGGUUGCAGAGGGUAGGACCUGUGACUCUCAGAGCCACCGGUUCAAGGGAAGCUGCGUGAGUAAAAGUAACUGUGCAACUGUUUGCCAGACUGAGGGCUUCCGUGGAGGCCAUUGUCGUGGCUUUCGCCGCAGAUGCUUCUGCACUAAACAUUGUUAAUUAAUUAGCUACUAAUUAACAAGGAGAGGGAAUCAAGAUAUAUAUAUGUGUGACAUGUGAGGGAAUUAAGAUUAAUAAUCGCUUAAUUAUCUUUCCGUGCAUGAAUACCUACGUACGUACAUGCAUGCUUGUGUGCUACUAGAAUAAAUUAAUAACACAAUAUUUCACAGUUGGUUUAUUAUUUUUCUUGUGUUCUUGUUUGUUAAGUACCACCUGCGUGAGCCGUUUUGUAAUUUCGUAUAUAUAGUUAGGGUUUAUCUUAUGUAAGCUUUCAUUUUUUCUCAACAAUGUCUUUCUAAUACACUACCUUUUGCGAUGCAAUAAAUGUUCUUCUCAACCAUUGUACUUUA